AUGAAGCUGUUAACAUGUGUUAAGUGUUUGGGGAAUGAGACGCUAUGUCGUGAUACAUGUAAAGGGUAUUACUGUUAUAAGUCUGUAAUGGAAGCUCCAGCAGCGAAACCCGUGAAAAGAGGAUGUCUCAAUGGUACAGAUGCACUUUCUAGGGUAAACGAAUGUACAUUACGAGAUUCUGUCAUAGGCAGGCUUCGUAUUGUGGAAAACCUCUGUAUUUGUACGUCAGAUAGGUGUAACUCUGCUUCAAACUACGUCAUCGUCUCCGUUCCAUGCCUCAUUCUGAUUUUACUUAGUCUUCUUGUGUUGUGA